AUAUUCUCUCACAAUCAACAAGUGUCACCUUUGUUAUCUCUACACAAUUUACGUGGUAGUUUCGUCUUAAGAUUUAAGGAGUUCAAUUAGUUUUUAACUUCAUCAAUCUUUGUACUACUGUACUACAUGCCUAUAUGCCAAGCAGUGAAUGCAUGCUUCUAUGCUAGAUAUAUAGAUAUACAAUGCGUGAGCUGUGAGCAAGAUAGAGAUACAAAGAUGAGAAACGAGGAAGUCAGAUUAUAUAGUGGUUCCAAGCUGCCCCUUCUGGGAUUCGGCACGGCUGCAUUCCCUUAUGAUAGAGAAAGAGUCGAGCUUGCAAUAUGGACGGCCCUCAAGAUGGGUUAUCGCCAUUUCGACACUGCAAAGAUAUAUGGUUCGGAACCUGCCGUGGGUAGUGCUUUAAUGGAGGCAAUUCAUGAUGAGGCAGUGAGCAGAGAAGAAAUUUUUGUUACUUCUAAGCUAUGGGGAUCUGAUCACCAUGACCCYAUUUCCGGACUCAAGCAAACUCUCAAGAACCUAGGGAUGGAAUAUGUGGACCUGUACCUGAUACAUUGGCCAGCCAAACUAAAGGUGUGGGCAAAUUAUGCUGUACCUAAUGAAGAUGACUUUGAAGAGUUGGACAUGGAGUCUACUUGGGCAGGGAUGGAGAGGUGCUUGGAUAUGGGGCUUUGCAGGUUCAUUGGGGUAAGCAAUUUCUCUUGCCGGAAGAUCCAACGACUAAUGGAACACGCUUCUGUCCUUCCUGCAGUGAAUCAGGUGGAGAUGCAUCCCAUGUGGAGGCAGAAGAAUCUCCGAGAAUUUUGUGGGGAGAAAAAUAUCCAUGUGAGCGCUUAUUCACCUCUUGGAGGGCCAGGGAGUCCAUGGGGAACAAAGGCCGUGGUGGAUAACCCUGUCAUAUGUUCCAUUGCGCGUAAACACAAAGCAACCCCAGCUCAGGUUGCUCUAAGUUGGGGCUUAUCUAAAGGAGUGAGUCUGAUUAUAAAAAGCUUCAAUCAAGAGAGGAUGAAGGAGAACAUGGAGGCUCUAGAGCUGACACUGGACCACGAGGAUGUCGUCAAGAUUGAGAGAUUAGAAGAGAAGAAGAUCAUGAGAGGUGAAUUUCUUGUUAAUGGAACCACAAGCCCAUACAGGACAAUUCAAGAUCUGUGGGAUGACGAGAUCUAACACCCACUCCUUUUGAGUCACUUGAGACUUGAGAGGUGUUUCCCUUUUAAUCACCAUGUGCACUGUGUCUGUGUCUCUAUAAUUAAUGAAAUGUACUUGUUCUGUUCGAUUCUGAUCCUGCCACCAAUGAACAACCCACAAAUGCUCCUAAGUGUCGAUCAUGCAUCAGAAUCCUUGACGAAACACGUGAUACUUGUACUUCUCUCUGAAUUUUGAACGAGGGGGUAUUUUUUUAUGUUUCUGGUCAAGAUUGCUACUGGCCGCUGUUUUAAGACAACCAUAUUACAUCGAAAAUCAUUUAA